AUGAAGAGUAAGAGGGGGCAAGAAGAGCCGGAAGAGCAAGAGGAGCAAAAAGCAAAAGAAAUAGGAAGAACAGGAAAGAGCGAAGGAAACAGGAAGAGCCGGAAGAGCAAGUGGAGCAGAAAAAUCAAAAAAGAGCAGGUAGAACAGGAAGAAAAACCGAAGAGGGAUGCGAGCCAAAAAUUUAAAGAAAAGUCAAGAUGUAAAAAGAGUGGAAGAGGAAGAGUAAGAGCAAUAGAGAGAGAGAGAGAGAGAGAGAAGACAAUUGGAGCGUUAGAAAGUAAUAUGUGCAGUUAUUGUGUAACUCAAUGUAGUGCAAGGUGUCUUAUUGUUGCUGCAAAAUCAGCAACAAUGAAGUAUAACAGCGGUUAUACAUUGAAAGACACAAUAGAAGAUGGUUAUAUUCAGGAUUUGCUACCAAAUUUAACCGUUUUGAGCCACGAAGAGAAUCAUGUCUACGAGAAAGAAUUGGAUCUCAGCAACAAAACCUAUCAAACAGACUCAGUUAUCAAAGGACCUUAUCCGAACCAUCCAGAUAUGUCAAAUGGGGUUUCCAUAUGCAAUCACGUGAUAGAUCCAUCUAGUCCCAUUGACUCUGUAAACGACAGCAACAACCCAAUUCACGUAUUCACCAAUGGCGUUACCGUAAGUUAUACAUACGAUGCUUUCUUCAUAAGUGACGGUCGAUCUAGAAGAAGGAAUGGUUUAGGGGUACAAGACAGCGAAAGGCCACGGUACACCUGCACCGAAUGUGGUAAACACUACGCUACUUCUUCCAACCUGUCCAGACACAAACAAACCCACCGAAGUCCCGAUUCACAAUUGGCAAAAAAGUGCCCAACCUGUGGUAAAGUGUACGUUAGCAUGCCUGCUCUAUCCAUGCACGUUUUGACUCAUAACCUCAACCAUAAGUGUAACGUAUGCGGGAAAGCAUUCUCCAGGCCAUGGCUCCUUCAGGGUCACAUGAGGUCACACACUGGCGAGAAACCAUUCGGAUGUGCUCACUGUGGUAAAGCAUUCGCAGAUCGCUCCAACUUGAGGGCCCAUAUGCAGACACAUUCGUCAUUCAAACACUUUAGAUGCCAGCGAUGCAAUAAAUCAUUUGCACUUAAAUCCUAUCUGAACAAACAUUACGAAUCGUCUUGUUUUAAAGAUUCUAUCUCACCCAACGAGCAAUAAUCUUAGAGAAAGUAAAGAGCGUAAUAACAAUAUUUCUACCUCUCAAACAAUCUUGCAAAAUUUACAUCGUCUGCAAGAUUUAAAACGAAGAAAAAACACAAAUAAAUGAACAAAAAAAAAUAGCUUCAACUCCUUAUUUUUAAAUGAAGAAAUGAUUAAAAUUCCCUCGUUGAUAGAGGAAAUUUGGCUGGGUUCUAGUGCAAUACGGUUACAGAAGGGUCAAAAAUUGUAAAGAUGUAAUAAGCCCUUAAUAAUUUACAUCAUAAAAAUAUUGCUAAAACGACGCAUCGAAUAGUCAACGAAAGCAAUAAAUUCCCAUUUUUAUUAAUUAAUAGUUAUAUAUAUAAAAUAUAUUUAAGAAAAAAAAAUACACAAAAAAACACAUACUUCGCCUGUUAUUUCUAUAGUUAG